AUGUCGAAGCGAUCUUUGUCGGAUAAUAGCGAUGGGUCGGAUCAAGACGAUGCCCAGUCGACCGCCGACGACCAAGAGAUUGCUGCAAAAAAGCGACGGCUAGUUGCUUUCGAGACUGUUCGCCUUCUUUCUGUUACCGGAGUGAACGACAUCGAUGACAAGAAGGCGAAAGUACAAGCCUAUAAGCUGUCGGAGGCGUUACGACAUAAGAAUAAGCAACUAAAGAUCAAGGAACGAGAGAUAGAAAGGUUACGGCAGCGACAAAUGACUGAUGAGAAUACGAGUUGUACGAUCAACAGGCAUUGGAAUAAU